CCUGCAAACUGAUCCAUUGUACCUGAAAUCCCACAUGGAGGAAGUUCCACAUUCCUGAGGGACUUUCUGAUUUGGGGAAGGAUGAUCCUGAACAGCAUCAAGACAGCCAUUGGACCACCUAAGUUUCAAGAACACAGCAAAAAUCACAUCCAAGAAUUUGCAGAAAUCAAACCAGGGAAAAUCCUGUUGGAGGAAGUGUCAGAAAAAGCAACAGGGACAACCUUCAGAUCCAAACUUCCCCUCAAAAGAUACUAGCUCCAGCCAGCGCCUUCAAGGAUGCUCUGAGCCUUAUCACCGCACAACCAGACAUUUCUCCCUUGCCCCCUCAGAACAAAACCACCUCAGCAGCCACAGGGGACAACUGGAAAGGAGAGGGCCACAGAGGCCCAGCUGGGCCAAUACUGAAGCCAUCCUCACCAAGACAUGACCUUCACUUGCAUCCUUCUCAGAAGAGCAGCACUGCAACUACAGCCACUCCACCCCACCCCCACCCCCACCUGCCCUAUUUCUCCUCCUGUCCCCCACCCAGGGGUGCACAAACAGGACACAAGUCCAUCAGGAAGGUAAUACAGGUGCCAGGCAGGUUCUGCAUCACCAGCACCUUGGGCCUUUCCCUGGACAGGCUUCAAGUGGGGAGAACAAAGAAUGGGAAAGGAAUGCCUGCCUCCCAAAUUUGCUUCAUCUCUUCAGAAGGCUCUUCCUUCUCCUGCCUGACCUUUUCAAAACUACACAUCGCUACAGGCAUUUCUACACAUUUCAGAUGGGAUUCUUUUUUAAACUGAAAGUUGAGACAAGCUCAUUCAUUUGGACACUGAGGAUUAAAAUACAAAGAGCACCAUGUUUUCCUUGAAGAACACUGGCACCUGGAUGUUUGUGUUCUUCUGAGUGCUGGCUGGAUUAACACUGGACAUUAAGAGGGGCAACAGGGCCUCCAAAUACUGCUCUUCGCAAAAGAGUCAAGGUGGGAUGACUCCUGGCUCUCUUCUUUGUCAUUCAAACUGCACACUAUGACAUCUUAAACACCCACAAGAAGCAAACUCUGUGGGGAUGGACAAAGUGCCUUCACUGACAAGAGGAAAAGAGUCUUCUGUACACUUGCUUGGUCACGAAGAGUUUCACAAGUUUCUCUCUACUUGGACAUUUUCCAUUUCUGAACCCAAUGCUGUUCCCUUGCCCUCUCCUUUGGGGAAUCUUAGUCUAUACAUCGUGUUUGGGAUGUUCACUUGGAACCAUGAUCUUCAGGAAUGGGUCACAUUGUCUGAAAGGUUUAGCAAUCCAAAUAACCCUACCAGUCAGCCAAAUGCCUGGGUUCCAGAAGCAAACAUCUAGCAAGACCCACCUGCCCACGAAAUCAACAGCUCCUCACCCCCCAAAACAUUUGUGGGGACCUCAAUUCCCCCAAGCGAUUUCCUCAUCUCUUUGAACCAAGACCCCAAAUCCACUAGAGACUGGAUGUCCUCAUCCUGGUACCCAUUAACAGGCAUAUUCAUUCUUACACUAUCUGUCUGGAUGGUUUUGUGCCCUAACUUCCUGCCAUCUCUAUCGCUGAAACUCCUUCACAUUACUUCAGAACCUGCCCGGUAUUUUAUAGACUCCUCAUUCAAGUGUUGCCAAGUCCUAGGCAGGCAUCCCGGACUUUUUCCAAAAGCCUCCGCUUUUGCACCUGAUAGUUAGGUACCAUGCCACUCCAGCCGUCCCCACCCAGCCCUGUUAUCUUAGUCCGCUAUGCUCUUUCUCCCUUCCCCAUCGCCCAAGCCUGGCCCUGACUUAAGUCUUUUUUUUUUUUUUUAACCCUGCAACCAAUUAUUACAAUCCUUCCUCUGCUGCCUAAGGCAGCCACUGUCCAUGCCCCAGGUUCCGCCUCAGCACUCCUCCCCACCACCUCAACUCCAUUCCAAGAGCUAUCUUAUCUGAUCUUCCCUGCCCCUUGGUACAUACAGCCCAGCCUCAAACCCCUCCCCACCGUCAGCCAACUCACCGGCGCUGUCUGCCCUUGUCCCACUGCUCCUUGGUCCCUUACACAACUCCUCAGUCUGCCCCUUCAAUCACCCAGCGCCCACUAUAGGGCCACACCACAUGCAGCGCUCGCCAUUCCUCGGACCCCUCCUCAUGCCCCCUCUGGCUCUCCCUGUCCCCUUGACCUCUCUUCAGGCCCUGUCCGGCUCGCACCAGUUCCCGGCCUCUUCUCUGGCCUAUUCGACCCCACCUCAGGUGCUGUCUGUCACCCGCUGGCCCCUCCGCCCCUGCCAGGCAGUCCAACAGCCCCAUCCGGUGUUCUCCAUCCCCCGGCAGGCGAUCUGCCUUCGCGUCCGUCAUCCCGACCCUCCCUUCCGCCUCGCUUCCGCACAGCCGAUCCGACACUCACUACUCCUUGAGCAGCACCAUGUCGCUUCGCGGCUCGGCGGCUGCCAGCUGCCAGCCCGGCCUUCCGCCCGCUUCCCGGCGGCCGCUCUCCCGGUGGCCCGGCCCGGCCCGGCUGCCUGUGCGCCUUCGUCGUGGUCUGCUCUGUCUCUGCUGCUCUCGCUGCGGUCGCCGCGCGGGCUCCUGCCGCCCUGCCCUGGCUUCGCCACCUCCCGCGCCUCUGCCGACGCCGCCCGGAGCUCCGGUUCCGCAGCGCCGCGCGGGGGCGGGGCGUCUCUGCGGCAACCAAAGCGUCAGACGCAGCAGUGCGCGCUGACCUCACGCGGGGCGGAGUCUUCCCGGGCCCGCCCCUCUACCCUUAAAUGGACUGUGGCUCCGGGUCUAUGUCAGCGUCCGAGUUGGGGCCCAGGCAGUUUAAAACUCAGGAUUUAAAAGGACACUUCUGGUGUAAACGCUCUUCUGCAGCAGAAACUGAUGCGCCUAUAUGCCUGGACUUCGCUGGUAGGUGUGUUGAGAGCCAAGCGCAUCAAAAAUAAAAUGAAGGGCUUGGAGAUUAGUUCAGCCAUGAAGCACUUGCCUAAUUUAGAUGCAUUAAAAAAAAAAAUCCUAAAACA